AUGUCUUUCUACAGCCAUGCCCAGUUCAACACCCUAUCCCAUCUCGCCAAGCUGUCCAUAAACCCUUCCCAGCAGCUGUCGCCCCACGAUCUGCCACUUCUCGUCCAGUUCCAUCUAAAAAACUACUACACGCUCUACCAGAGCGUGCAUUGCCGGCCUGAUCACCAGUUCUACUUCUGCACGUGUCACAACACGCGCGACAACUUCAUGCGCAAUUACGUGCUGCUGCUGCACAAGCAUACGGUCAGGGAGAGUGUGAACAUGUGUUUGGAGCCGUAUGUUGAGAAUGAGUUCAUUUUGUACGUGUGCGCGCUUGUUGAGGGCGACAAGAAGAGGAAGGAAGAGCUGCUGAUGAGAGCUGUUGCGGUUAACGGACUGUUUGUGGACGCGUGGCAAGAAUUGAUGGGUGUGCUUGAGGAUAGGAACAGGGUCGUUGAGAUUGGAUGUGCGAAGAGCGGAGACGAGAAGAUGGUGUGGGAGGUGUUCAAGGUUGAGUUGUAUUGCCGUAGAUUUAUUGAUCUUGGUAUUGACGAGAACGUGCUGUUUAAGGUCACCGAUUGGAAGGAGAACGAAGUGGCCGGUCAAUUUGAUAGCAGCGACGAUGCCCGUGUUAGAACAGAUGCUCCGCAAUUUACGAGCAGGAACGAAAAUAACAGGCAGGCGUAUGAGAGUAGGCCACGAUUUGCAAUCACGGUUACGAGCGAUGCAAGCAACACGAGCACGAACAGUGAUUUACAGGAUGAUGAGGAUCGUACGUGCAGGGGAGAUUGUAUAAAUGCACAGAUAGAUGCACAUUCUGGCCUGCUCAGCCGUUCAAACCCCCUUACCGCCCAUCCCACAUGCUCGUACCAAUCAAACCUAAACGCACCGUACCUGAAGAAUCUUCGAGCUGCGUACUUCUAUCACAAGAAGGAAUACGACAUUUCGCUUGCCCUGUUCAACUCCUCAGCACUCAUAGAUCAUUACGACCUGUACAGCAACAUUCUGUACAUCAAGAAUGAUAAGCGUGCAUUGUCCCUGCUGUGCCACUCCAUGCACAGCAAGUAUCCGUUCAGUGUAGAAACGAUGGCAACCGCCGGUAAUUUUUACUCUCUCCAGAAGAAUCAUACGGCCGCAAUACACCACUUCAAACGGGCCAUCCGUUUCAACCACCGAUACGCGUUUCUGAACACCCUGAUAGCCCACGAAUACAUGGAGCUGAACCAGUACAACACUGCAAUAAAGUAUUACAGUCUGAGUACGAACGAUUAUCGUGCAUACUUUGGCAUGGGGCAGGCGUACGCCAUGCAAUCAUCCCGAUUGGCGAUUGCGUUUUUUAAGAAGGCGCUCUUGCUCAACAGUACCGAUCCGUUUAUAUGGCAGAGCCUGGGCAACGAGUAUAAAAAAUUUAAUGACGUGAAAAGUGCCCUGGAGUGCUAUAGGCGGAUGGUGGAGUGCGGAGAAAUCAGUGGAUGGCUUAUGAUCGGUGAUAUGUACAAGAACAGGAAGGAGUACGAGUGUGCGGUGGAGUACUACGAAAAAUAUGUUGGAGUGGUCAAGGAUGAGAAGAUCAGCAGGUACUUGAGGGAAUACCAUGGCAGGCUGAGAGAUUCUAGGGAUAGCGGUGAAAAGGAAUGAUAGGUGUGCAUCGUGCGGCUCCAGAACAUGAUUUGGUUCUAUGCAUCGAUAGAAAACGAUUUGUUUAGCGGGGAAUAGACGGAAAUAAUGCACUCCGAGACCGGCACUGGGUAUGCGGAGUUGGCUUUGUAGUAAAGGUAGCAUUGGAUUACUGUGAAAUGUUUGAUUGGCUGUACAAGGGGAUAUAGCACGUGCUGCGUAAGGACAAAACACUAACAUACGCGGUUCUAAGAGCGUAAUGCUCGUUUACCUCAUAUUUUAUUGAUAGCUGCUGCCAUACGUGCACACACCCCUGAUUGUUCCGUAUAGGGCGUUAAACAUCGUCUUAGUGUUUGAUUAAAUGUUUUUACUCGCACGCCGUUGGAUCGAACCAAGUGUUUGAUCUACCCACGUAUUUGCGGACUGGGAUACAAGGAGUGACCGGUGUACAUCAUUAGAAUGGAUGACGAAAAGAAAAAGUUGGAGAGUAUGAACAUGAUACGCGCUAAUUGAACUCAUUUGAUGUGCCAACUACGUAGUACACCGGUUAAAACUUAGAUUUGUGUUUUCUCAAACUGAUAACUCUGGGCUAAGCAUCAUUACAUCGG